AAAUAUAAAAAGAUAUAAUACAUAAAUGUACCAUUUAACUUGGUCUCAGCUAGCAUCUACACCCGCCAACUUUGGGUGUACAUAAUUAUGUACUUAAACUUGUAUAAAGUAGAACCAGUAGACACGCAUGACAAAUUCUAGAAUUUUGACCUUUGAUCUUGAAAGCGAAUAGUUUCUUUGGGUGCUGUACAAGUUUGAAGGAGAGCUCCUUCAAUAAAUAUUUCAUUCAUAAGACCUAAUGUUGAAUAUUCCUCCAAAGUGUUGAACAAUUCAGCUAGCACACUUUUAAAAAGCAUUUUUGGACACAUCUCUGGUGGAUGUUCCAUUAGCCAAAGAGGUGUAACAAAUGAGUAGUGAUGAAGCAACAUCUCUAGUGGAUCUUCCAUCCCCAAUCUUGUUGAGCAUUUUCUCAAGAUUACCUCCCACCACACUUUUAUGUGUUAAAAGUGUAUGCAAAACUUUUCAAAACUUAACCUUGGAGUCUGAAUUUUCAAAUUUAUUACUGUCAACAUCUCCAGCCAGCAUCAUCAUCAACCAAUUCAUCUCUGAUGAGACUUCUUGUACCAACACCUUAAAGUUCUUGAAAUUCGAAGGUCGGGGUACUCAUUCGUAUAGCCAUGAUCCGAAUGUUGACCUUGAGCUACAACUUUACUUUCCUGUUGAUCCAUUUUGGUUGGUUGGAUCAGUUCAUGGUUUCAUUUGUUUUAAUUACUUCCCCGAUUAUGUUGAUCCUAUUUACAUCCUCAACCCGAGAACCAGAGAGUACAUCAUCCUUCCAGAGGCGGAAGGAGCAAGAGAGUGGACUAAUUUAGUCACUUAUGGCUUCGGUUUUGAUCCUGUUAGGUUCGAGUACAAAGUGGUUAGAAUUUACCAAGAGGAAAUUUUUGAUGAUGAUGAUACUAGUUAUUACAAGUCUGAAGGUCAAGUCUACACAAUUGGCAAAGGAUAUUGGAGAAAUGCAGGACAUGUUAUGUUCUCUUUCAUGCCAUAUGGGGUGAACCUCUAUGCAAAGAUUCAUUGGUUGGUUUAUGAUGCUAACGGAAAUGAGUUAAUAUGUUCGUUUGAUUUGGAGAAUGAGUUGUUUGAAUCAUUUCCUACGGCUCCAGGGUACACUGAGGAAAGGUAUAGGAAUUUGCGAAGUUUGGGAGUUUUGGGACGUUGUCUAUGUGUUUGUGAUAAUUAUGCAGAUAGUCAUUUUGAGGUAUGGUCGAUGAAAGAAUAUGCAGUUACUAGUUCAUGGGUUAAAGAGAUUGUCAUAAACAUUUCUCCUGAAUGCAACGAUUGGUUGGGCAAUGAAAUGAUUUAUAUGUUGAAAGUUUUGGAAGAUGGAGAGGUGGUGUUCUUGUGGCAUGAUGAUUUCUUGUUCUUGCACCAUCCUGUGAAGAAAACUUUGAAAAAGCUUAACGUCUGUACAGGGAACAUCUUAGCAUCUAGCCAUGUAUCAAGCUCCUUUUCUCUCAAGAGUUUUGAAGCAGAGAUUGUCAAUGUCUUUUAGAUUGUCAAAAUGCAUGUAUUGUUUUGUUAUUUCUUCAUUUUGAUGACUGCGAGUGCUUGCUUUGGAAGACUUUGUAUUCCUCUUCGAUUCAUAAACAAU